AUGGCAGCCCAAGCAAUGGCAAACGAGGGUUUCAUUGAUAUUACUAUUACGACCUUCUCAUCACCCGAGCCUGACAACCAACGAGGACGGAAACGACGGCGCAGUCCACUAGGAACUUUGGAGGUUACGGCAACUCGCAUGCCUUCGACGGAAUCUGCUACUUUCCGUGGCCGGUGCAGACACAGAUCAUCCUCAAGGCUAGACGUUUCCCGAAACACGUCACGGCUUAGGGGUGGUUCCCUGUCUCCAACACGCAGAAAACUCAUUCGUGUUGUGCAGUUGAAUCGUCAUCGAAGCCAAUCACCAUCCAGAUCCCGUUCCCCAAACACUCAAGAGUCAUCGAAGCGAAGACGGCAAAGGACACAGAGCCGAAGCCGAGCCCAUGAAGGCGAAACAAAGAAAAUCGGCGAACAUAUUGCGACAUCCUUCCUCCGCCACGAGAUCGUAAUAAGGAAUGACAGUCCAUCCCAGAAGUCUAAGCAAGAUGGAUGA